CACACACACACACACACACACACACACACACACACACACAAACCAUGAGUGUUGGGUGUCCCUCACUCUGCCCAUGAGGGAUAAGGUCUCCAUCUUUCCCUCCAUCCGUCCGAUCCCACUGUCUUCUGAUCUGUGAAGUCCCAGCCAGGACCAGCUGUUUGGACCACAGUACAUCCUUGUCCUUCCUGGGUGUCCCUGCUUUCUCUUUCGUCUAUCCCCCCCGGAGACGGUUAAGACCUCCUCCCGCACAUCAUCCACCAUAAACCAAGAGCCUCAGCUGCACUCUUCCUCUCUGCUUUUUAAAAAUAGGCUGGGAUAUCAGCCUGGACAGCUAAGAGACCUGGACGCAUCUUGGGGAUUGAGGAAUUUCUUCCCAGAUCCUUCAUAUCUGUGUGAAUCCUCUGAGUAAUUGUCUAUGUGUGUGUGUGUGUGUGUGUGUGUGUGUGUGUGUGUGUGUGUGUUUAUGUCUUUGCAUGUGUGUGAGUGUGGAGAUAGAUCCUGUAUUACUAGCUGAAGAGAGGAUCUUCUGUCCAGAUGAGAGAGUGGACUGAGUUGGAGAUGAACUUUUCAGCAGGGGGGUUUCUCUCCGCCUCGGAUGGUUACUGCUCCACCGAGCAGCUCCAGUACUAUGACAUGCUGGCAGACCCUCUGGGCUACCCUCUGCAGGACCCUGACCUCCAGCUGCUCCCUUACAGCCAGCAGCAGUACAACCCUGCCAACCUGCCCUUCUCUCUCUACGGCUCUCCGCCCUCCUCCACCUCCUCUCCGUCCUCCUCUUCUUCGUCCUCACAGCUCUGCCAUCCCCCGUACCACUACAGCUCUCAUUGCCUGGAGGCCCCCUGUGAUCCCAGCCCCGAGCCCCAUUGCGGAGGCCUGGCUCAGGGGCUUGGAGUGGUAGGACUGCCUCUGGGGCGGAGGUCUCGGGUGGGUUCAGGAGGGAAGGGCAGGGGUCAGGAGGAGCUGUGUGUGGUAUGUGGAGAUAAGGCAUCGGGGUAUCACUACAAUGCUCUUACCUGUGAAGGAUGUAAAGGUUUCUUCAGGCGUAGUGUGACUAAAAAGGCUGUGUAUCACUGUAAGAGUGGUGGUGGCUGUGAGAUGGACAUGUAUAUGAGGAGGAAGUGCCAAGACUGCCGGCUGAGGAAAUGCCAUGCCGUGGGAAUGCUGGCUGAGUGCCUUCUGACCGAGGUGCAGUGCCAAUCCAAGCGACUAAGGAAAGGAGGUAAAGGCAGAGGACAGGAGGAAGAGGAGAACACAGACAGCCGGAGUGUCAGCUCUACCAGCAGACUACCUGGACAGGCAUUGUCUACAAGUUUAACCCGAGAACAGAAGUACAUUGUGGACAGGAUGGUGGAGGCCCAUCGACUGUACCGAGCACAGAAUGGCAGCCACAGCAGGUUGUUUGAGUGGCCAUAUGCAGAAGAAGGGGAGGGCCUGUCUGAUGUUGUGUCACCCCACCUGCAAAGACUGCUGCAGUUUGCCAGGACAGUGCCAGGUUUUGACCUCCUGGAUUUUUCAGACCAAAGCUCUCUCCUUUCUGUCUCUUCACUGGAGGUCAUGUUUCUGCUCUCAGCUCAGCAGUUCUCCAAUAACCCAACAAGCCCCAGUCCAGCCCUGCAGGUCUUCAGUACGUCAACACACAACUGGCUGAGAAAUGUAGAGUCAAAGGAAAACAUUCCCAGCAGGACGCUGGUCAGUUCAGGAAGCAGCGAGGAUCUCUUCGGCCCGGUGCUCAACUUCUUCCACAGCAUGAAAACGCUGCGGGUGACGGAGGCUGAAUACAGCCUGCUGACUGCUACGGCUCUGCUCUGCUCAGACCGGGCGUCCCUGCAGGCAGCCAGCUGUGUUGAGAAAAUACAAGAGCUGAUCCUGGACCUGCUGUCCAGGGUGUGUGGGGCCCAGGCUGGAGCUGGGCGAGGGGGACCGCAGCGGUUUGGCCGCCUGCUAGGCAGACUGACGGAGCUCCGAACCCUGCGUCACAAUUACCUCCUCCUGACGAGGCAGCAGCCUGGACCCUGAUGGAGAGGGCAUAGCGGAAAUAAUGAACACCACCACGGUCUUCUCUGGGGAGUUUCAUGUCUCAACUUCCAUGUAAGGACUAAAUGAAAAAUUGUACAAACGCUGUCUUAGAGAACAUAACAAUUUGGAAAUGCAAGGUUUUCACCUGCUAUUGAUCUGAGUGUUGGGUCAACAGGCUUGACUUCCUGUUGUUGGAAAACUGACACACAAUUUUUCUCAGUUGACUUCAGUCCUGCAGUCAUUAUAGAAUUUUAGCUCCUGAUGGGCAUAAAAUGUGCUUGUGGAGUGCUGUAGUUUGUCUGAGCAAAGAAAUGUUCAUAGGUCUUUUUGUAACUGUUGUUUCUAGCUAACAUGUACACUCACAGUUCUCUUCACUAUGCUGAGUAUUGUUAAAAUAAAACAGAAUGCAGACUGUGUACUAACUGGAGCUCAUCAGUGAAGACAGUUUUCUGACUAAAAUUGGGAACCAAACGGACAUCACAUUUUCACUAGAGAAAUGACCUCACUUUUGAUAUUAAAAAAAAAAAAAAAAAAAAAAGAAAAAAAAAAAAAAAACACAAAACUGCAGUUUAGUAUCCCAAAAUGUUUUAAUAGAGCAUUCAUUUCCCUAAAUGAGGAAAUACUGUUUCAGACAAAAUAUUUGGUGAGCAGGUAAAAUAUGCAGGUAGUACAAGCUUAUGAAGGUGUAUUUUUCCAUUUGAUAAAAUGGGGCUCUUGACAAUAAACAGAAUCUUCUGGGGGUCAACAGUGAAUGAUGGCAAUUGGUUUUGAGUCAAAUUAUCAACAUCAGACCAAAGGUGAAUUCAGCUGUUAAAAUGUUGGCUUUAAAACCUCACUCCAUUUGUUUUAAAUAAAAUUUAAUUCUCGACUUUAACCAAUAUAGCUUUAUUUCUAUAUUCUGUCUUCCAUAAAUAAAUUAUUUCUCUCUGUAUCAAAAAAGAGAAUUCAAAUAUAAAGAACAGCUCAUUGUGUUGUAUGCUCUGAAUGUACGCACGCACACACACGCAUGCAAACACGCACGCACACACACACGCGCGCGCGCGCACACACACACACACGCA